AUUUUAAUUCUUUGUGGGAUCCGGUGUAGAGAAGAGCAAGAUCGACGAUGAUUAUGUUUUCGGUACUAACAUCGGGAAAGGCAAGUUCGGGUCGGUUAGGAUCUGUAGGUCGAAGAGUAAAGGGAUUGACUUUGCUUGUAAGACAGGAGACUGUUAGCAUUUGUCUGGUCAUCCCCGGGUUGUAACAUUGCACGCUGUGUACGAAGAGUCGGACUGUUUUCAUCUCGUGAUGAAGCUGUGUUCCGGGGGACGUUUGAUUGAUCAGAUGGUUAGGGAAGGUAGGUACUCUGAGCAGCGAGCGACUAAUAUAUUCAAGGACCUCAUGCUGGUUAUCAGUUAUUGCCACGAGAUGGGAGUUGUACAUAGAGAUCUGUUGGGGAGAAUGCUAACAAGAGACGAAUCUGCCAGGAUCACAGCGGAUGAAGUGCUAAGGCAUCCAUGGAUACUCUUUUACACAGACCGGACACUCAAGACAAUGUGUAUUAAAUCGAAACACAAGGGUCUAACAGCAGGAACUUCUCCUCCCUGCCUUCAGCUUCGCAAUCCGAUAAAGAAUACUGACGUAAACAGAGCUAACAGAGAGAAGAAGACAACACAUGAUGAUUCACCACCGACUGAUUCAUUCUCCAACACAGAGGAGGAGGAGGAGGAGGAAGAAGAUGAAAGCGGUGUGGUAGAUGUGCUUGUGGUUGCAAUCUCCAACGUGAGGAUCUCAGAACCGAAGAGAAGCAGACUCUGUAGUCCCACCAACACCCCCAUUGAGCAGCAACACUCUUCUAACUUGACCACGACUAAUACACUCUGUCGAGCCUUCUGACGCUAAACCAGCUUCACACUCACUCGUCCAAGUCUCUAAGUCACACGGGUUUGUCCCUGAUAUGAUGAUCUUAGUUACUGUCAUAGAUCAUCGUAAUAGCUCUCUCUAAUUAGUUGGAUUUGAUCUGAUUCUGGUUUUCUCCUUCUACAUUUCUGACUUUGCUGUACAUAUUAUAUCUUCAUGUAAAUAGAAUACGCUACAAGUAUUUGAUCUGUUUC